UUUAUACGGCACAGAGUUGGACGCCAAACCACGCCAUUCCAUCUGUCCAUCACGGGUGGAAGAACAUAAAUGGCGGAUUGGCAGCCCAAGAUUUAAAAGAGACAAAUCGAGACGAGACCAUCACUGAUUCACUGUCCAUGACUCCAUGAGAUGGACAAGAUUCCAUCUAUUCUAAUUUCUAAAUGGUAAUAUCAUAUUCUAUAUCAAUCAUUCAUUAUGUGCAGCGACUGGGAGCUGCUACCGGGUCCAGUAUUCAUCAAUAAUUACAGAGAGUUUGAAGAUAUCUCAUAUCUUCAAUUCAGACUCCAGAGUUCAGAUCGAGCGAUCUGUGAGAGAGGGAAGAAAAGGAGAGAGGAGGUGGGAUUGUAAAUCAUCUGAUGGAGAAAACGUCAUGGGUUUGUACCCUGGUAACGCAGGUUUGCCUCUGCUUGGCUCUCUAUGGUGCCCUCAACAUCGGUAUGCCUCAGAGGUCCGUUUACUCGACUGCCAUCAGAGGAGGGGGUAGGCCUCUUGAUCUUUAUUUCAUCAGUGUCAGAGGAGGUUCUCGACCUCUUCAACAACAGACCCACCUUCUCAAACAGAUGGAGAAAGUAGCAAGGAUUUACGGUGCAAAGUUUGUAGUGAACAUUAGCGAACUUGGGGAAGAUGAUCCACUAAUGCAGAAUGGCACUUUGCAUUUUCCAUCAUUGAAGGUUCCCUGGUAUUCUACUAGCACUUCAAAAGGAAAGGGAUACUUUCUGAAGCAGAUUGCAACUCCGAGUGGGCAGAUCUUAGACAUCAUUGUUCUGGAGACAAGUUCAUUACAGGAUCAUUUGCAUAUGGGAAGACCAAGCAUUCCUAAGAGUAAUCAACUACAAUGGCUGACAAGGGUACUAGGAGUAACUGAUAGUAACUGGCGCAUAGUUGUUGGAUUCCACUCACCGGAAAUUUGUGAAGAGCACAAGGAACAAAUGGAAACAAAUGAUGUCUAUGAGCCCCUACACCAUAUCUUUCUGAGGUUUGGAGUGAAUGCCUACCUAAGUAAGCAGGGAUGCAGUAGCCACUACACACGCAAAGGGAGCAUUGCUUACAUCACAAACCCGGACCCUACAGAUAGACCAACCAAUGGAGCACCUUCUGUAAAUGGAAGUUCAACCUUCCCUAAGUGCAUGCAUGAUGGAUUCCUUCUGCAUAGAGUCAGUCCUUUGGAGAUUGCAUCUUACUUCAUUAAUUCAGCAAGUGAAGUAGUAUACAGGUCUACAAUUCAUCAAGGAGGCAAGGAGAUCAUGUAAAUUUGGCACCAAGCAACUCAAGUGUUGCCCAUCUUUUGAAACCAGGCUGUAAUUCUAGCAACAAUUUUUUAGUGCCAUUCUUUUAUUUGUUUUCUUUCUCUAUCCAAUAUCUUUCGGUAGAUGAUGCUUAUUGUUCAUACAUGGCUUCAACUGAUCAGGUUGUUAGUCUCAAAAUGUAGUGGUAUUUGCAUUUGAGAUCUUUGAAAAUGUUAAUUAAUUUAUUGUCA